AUGGAGAUGCUGCGGCGGAACCUGAAGCGCCAGACCUCGCGCCGGCGGUCCCUCUCCCCGCUCUCUGUCGCCUCCCCCGCCGCCGACCAGGAGAACCUCCACCCCAACCUCGCCGCCGCCCCGCCCUCCCCGGCCGGCAAACCCUCCACGCCGCCGCCGCCGAGCCUGUCCAAGCCCGUCCCCAGCGCAGCAGCAGCGGCGGCCGUCGCCCAGCCAGCGCCCGCUGAGAAGCGAGCAGUCGACGACGAGCCCGCCGUCAAGGUCGUGGUGCGGGUGCGGCCGGCGGUGAGCCUGCCGGUGGACGGAAAGGACCUCUUCUUCGUGCGCAAGACCUCCCCCGACUCCAUCGCCGUCGGCGACCGGGCCUUCGCCGUCGACGGCUUCCUCGACGACAGGGCUUCCCAGGAGGAUGCGUUCCAUAUGGUGGGUGUGCCCAUGAUCCACAGCGCCCUCGCCGGAUUCAACACCUCCCUCGUCUGCUACGGCCAGAGUGGCACAGGGAAGACAUACACCAUGUGGGGGCCCCUAGCCGCCAUGUUCGACAACCGCUCCGACCGUGCCGACCGAGGAGUCGUGCCUCGCUUCUUCCACAGCCUCUUCUCCCAAAUCCAAGGCAACCAAGAGAGCUCCCCGGAGAAGCACACGAGUUACCAGUGCCGGUGCUCCUUUCUCGAGGUAUUUAAUGAGCAGAUCAAUGACCUGCUUGAUCCAUCUCAACGUAAUCUUCAGAUAAUGGAGACCACUGGCAAUGGUGUCCAUGUUGAGAACUUGACCGAGGAGUAUGUAUCAACAGUCGAGGAUGUAAAUCAGAUCUUGAUGAAGGGCCUGACAAAAAGAAAAAUUGGUGUUGAUAGUAUGAACUUAAAAAAUUCACGUUCUCACGUGAUAUUCACUUGUGUGAUUGAAGCUUGGAGCAAGGAUUUGUCAUCAAAUGGCUUUAGUAGUUCAAAAACUAGCAAAAUUACCUUUGUUGAUCUAGCUGGUGUUGAUAUUGAUGAAAGUGAUGGUGCUGGAAAGAACAUUACACGAGAGGAAAGGCACGUUAAGAAGUCUCUCUCAAGCCUCGGGAAACUAGUCAAUAUUCUUUCAGAGGAACCAAAGCCCCAGGAAGAUGAAUUGCCAUACAGCCAGUCCCGUUUGACACAUGUGCUGAAGGAUACACUAGGUGGCAAUUCAAGGGCUACAUUUUUGUGUUCCAUUUCUUCAGAGCACAGAUACAGGUCUGAGACUUUAAGCACGCUAAGGUUUGGUGAGCGAGCAAAGCUCAUGCCAAACAAAGCUGUGGUAAAUGAGAUAUCAGAAGAUGAUGUUAAUGGUCUGAGUGAUCAGAUCCGUCAGCUGAAGGAUGAACUUGUAAGAACCAAGUCUGGAGAGCAUGCAACAUCUGAGACUGGAUACUUCAAUGCACAAAUUGCUCGGGCAAGCUUGCACACUUUGCGAGUGAGCCUCAACCGCUCUAUAAUUUUGCCUCCUAUAGAAGUUGAAGCAGAGGAUGAAAUGGAUGUGGAUGAAGACGAUGUACAUGAACUGCGUGAUCAAAUUAGCAAGAUUCAUUCUUCAUCUGAAGACACUCUUGAUGACUUCAUGGAUGCAGAGAGUGGAGAGGACAGUCCAAUACCAUGGGAACAUGAUGAUCAGGUUGUCAUAGAUGACAGUGAAGGCCCACUUCAGGAAGAGCCCCAGAAAAUGCAGAGCAAUACAAAUGCUGAUCAUGACCAGGUUUCUGACAGGAAAUCUGUUCUAUCAAUUAGUGCUUCCGAACAGCUGAGCCCAAUCCAAGACGCGACAUUCUGCUCUUCUCCAAAGAUCCACAAGGCAAGAAAGAGCGUUGCUUCGCCAGGGUUCUCUCCAAGCAAGCUCAGUGAAUCCAGCCCAGGAGAAGCCGAUUUCGAAACGUAUAGGAAGAGUGCAGUGCGCUCCUCCUUACAAUCGAGCAAGCUUACUCCCACUGACUCGCUGGCUGCAAGUCUCCAACGGGGCCUGCACAUUAUAGAGUACCAUCAGCAGAACCCUCCAGCCCCACGAAAAUCGUUCGUUGGCCUUUCAUUUGAUCAUUUUGCGCUGAACCCCCGCCAGUCAGCAAAAGCAAGUUCAGCCCUUGAGGCAUUACCGGAGGGGGACGCCAGUUCGGCUUCUACCAUUUGUUCAUCCUGCAAGAAAGCAAUGGAGAAUGAGGAACAUUCAGAGGACAAAAACUCAGAGAAGCAGAUUGUAACGGCAACUGCUGUCACAUACAAUGACUUAGCUAAUGCUUCCCUCCAGGACGGUGGCAUCUCUUCGACUACUGGCUCUAAGAGAGUGGCUGAGCUUGAAGCUUUAUGUGAAGAACAGGCAGCUAAGAUCAAGGAGCUGAGCAACUUGAUUGGGCAACAAAAGAAGGGAUCAGAAGACGGUGAAGAUAAGACUGCUGAACAAUGUGAGGAUAGCAAGAUGCCACUCGAAGUGAAUGAGAGGGAAGCACUUGAAGGCGAAAUCCAGAGGCUGAAGGAUCAAGUGAAGCUUCUCACAGACGGAUCAACAGCAAACGACAGCCUUCUGGACCAGAUAAGGAACGGCAGCACGGACCAGGAGUACGAGCUGGAGAAAGAGCGGCAGAAAUGGACCGAGUCCGAGAGCAAAUGGAUCUCUCUCACCGAGGAGCUGAGGGUGGACCUGGAGUCGAGCCGGAGGCACGCGGAGAAGACGGAGGCGGAGCUCCGGGACGAGAAGAAGUGCACGGAGGAGCUGGACGACGCCCUCCAGCGGGCCAUCUACGGCCACGCCAGGAUCAUCGAGCACUACGUGGAGCUCCAGGAGCUGUACAACGACCUCCUGGAGCGGCACCGCGGGGUCAUGGGGGGCAUCGCGGAGGUGAAGAGGGCGGCCGCCAGGGCCGGCAAGAAGGGCUGCGGCACGGCCUUCGCCGCCGCCCUCGCCGCGGAGCUGUCGACGGUGAGGAUCGACCGGGAGAAGGAGCGGGCGCAGCUCAGGGAGCAGAACAGGCGGCUCCGCGUCCAGCUCCGGGACACCGCCGAGGCGGUGCAUGCCGCCGGUGAGCUGCUCGUCAGGCUCAGGGAAGCCGAGGAGGCGUCCACACAAGAGAAGGAGAGGAGCGCGGCCAUGCUGCAGGAGAACCAGAAGCUGAAGAAGCAGGUGGAGAAGAUGAGGAAGAAGCACGAGGUGGAGAUCGAGACGAUGAAGCACUACCUGGCGGAGAGCCGGCUGCCGGAGUCGGCCCUGGAGGGGUUCUACCGCGGCGAGGAUGCGCCCAGGGAGUCCACCACCGGCCACGACGACGAUCAGUCCUGGCGAUCGGCGUUCAAGUCUGAAUUCGAAUGA